AUGGAUACUUCUAAAGAACCUGAGGAACAAAAAGAGGAUUUAAGUCCCGAUAGAGAUGGUACAAUUAUUAAAUCAAUUAUUGUUUCUGGGGAAAAGUUUAAUUGUCCAAGUGACCAUUCUCCUGUUAAAGUCCAUGCUGUUGGUUCUGACUUAAAUGGACGUGUAUUUUACGACAGAGAACUUGAAUAUAUUAUGGGGGAAGGGUUUGAACAUCAAUUACCUGAGGGUGUUGACAAAGCACUUCGCCGUAUUAAUAAAGGAGAAAAAUGUAAAGUUACGUUAAAAGGACGUUUUGGUUAUGGGACUCAACCACCCUCGGAAUUUGGAUUAAAUGCUAAUGAAACAAUUAUUUUUACUUUAUUUCUUAAAGAUUUUGAAAAGUAUAAUGCAAUUGUUUCGCUUCUUGAAUUUGCUCGCCCUUCAAAGCCAGAUGAUGAAGAAGGCAAACAAUUGACUGAAAAAUAUGAACAAACACUUAUUGCUGCUUGGUUAAAUAUUGUUUUGGUAAAUUUAAAAAUGGGAGAGAAGGCGGAGGCAAUAAGGAAUUGUGAUAAAGUUUUGGAGAAAAACCCUAAAAAUGUAAAGGCUCUUUAUCGAAAAGCACAAGCUCAACAAAUGUUUAAAGACUUUGAAGAGGCUAUGGAGACUUACAAAAUUGUGCUUGAAUUAGAACCUGAAAAUAAGGCUGCAAUUCAACAAAUUCAAGAAUGUCGACAUCAAUUGAAUGUUUUAAACGAGCGGGAACGCAAGAAAUUCAAAGGAUUGUUUGAUCGUCUUGCUAAUGAAAACCAGGAAGAAGGUAAUAAAAUGGAAGAAAUUUGA